AGCAUCCAUGGCAGCUGAAGGCUGAAGUUGAAUGGAGCCAAGAAGAGGCUGAGAUCUGCCAGCGUCGACCCGCGUCAGUUUGCCUAUUUUCUACUGUAAAUAUUGGUUGACAUGGGAAACACUCGGCCUCAGGACGAAGUGUAAGCAUUUAAAUACCUGGAUCAACACCACGUAUUGUCAUCGGUGCCCGUGAGUGGGCCCGUUUAAUGCAUCGAUUGCCAUGGCCACCGAUCAAAACACAGGGGCCGUCAACGACGUCGUUCUGCUCAAUUCGUUUUUAAUUAAGGGCAAACGAUGCCGCGUGUACCUGCACAGAGGAGUACUUGUUUGGGAAACGGAGCGUCGACCGUACAAAAGAAAUUCCUUAUUGUUAUCUGAUGUCCUUGCCGUUCAUCCUGUACACCUAAACGUGACUGACUCAGCAAGGCCAUGCUGUGGCGAGCACGAGGGCAAAGAAGGUUUGAGUUCAGCGAUGCAUCAAGCGUUCACGAUCCACUACUGUGACGUUAGAACGAAAAAUCGAUUGAGACAUAGAAUGGUCACCCUGAAACAUUCCGACCACAGACAAGUGUCCUCUUGGAUUAAAACAUUGAAAUCGUACUUGAAAAGUCAAGCAGCUCGCCCUAAAAAGCUGAUCAUCUUUGUCAACCCCUUUGGAGGCAAAAAGCAAGGAUUGCAAAUUUUCAAGAAGCAAAUGGAGCCGCUGCUUCAAAUCGCUGAGGUCACUUGCACAAUGGUACUAACUGAGGCGCCGAAUCACGCCUUCAACAUGCUUGUUUCCAUUCCGAACUUGGCUGGAACCUACGAUGGGGUCGCUUGCAUUGGCGGCGACGGAACGUUUUCCGAGGUGGUGAAUGGCUUGGUAACCAGGGCGUGCAUGGAUUCAGGUCUGGAGCAGGGAGACGUUGCGGAAGAGGUGCCAAAGCCGAAAAUUUCGAUCGGGUUGGUGCCUGGUGGAAGCACGGACACUGUGGCCUUCUGCAUGCAUGGCACCAACGAUGUCCAGACUGCCAUCUUACACAUCAUCUUAGGUGAUAAGAGAGGUAUGGACCUGUGCGGUCUUCGAACGAACGAAAAACACCUGCGCUUUGUUGCGAGCGUGAUUUCUUACGGGUAUCUUGGUGAUGUGAUGAAGGAUAGUGAAAAUUACAGAUGGAUGGGACCAAAAAGAUAUGAGUAUUCAGGCUUCAAGAAGUUUUUUGCUAACAGGGGUUACGAAGGGGAAUUAAAGAUGAAGUUGAAGCUGUCUCCAAAUCGCCAAAGUGAUCCUUCAAUGGGUUCAAAGUGCCAAAUUAACUGUCCAGAGUGCUCACUUCUCAACGAGAAUAUUGAUGGACCUGAAACAAAUGGUGAUCUGUGGAAGACAGUGAAGGGAAAAUUCUUCAUGGUGAGUGGUGCGAAUCUGAGUUGUAUGUGUCCUCGGAGCCCAAAUGGAAUCGCUCCCUUCUGCCACUCUGGGAACGGUUGUGCUGAUAUUGUGCUUGUGAAGCAUACCAACUUUUUUAACAAUUUAAGACUCCUCUUAAGACUUACCAGCUCAAGGAAGAUACUGUAUGACUUGCCAUUUGUGGAGGUACACCGAGCACAGGAAUUCCGGUUUACUGCUGCCAAAGAGAAGAAACCCAGCUGCUGGAACUGUGAUGGGGAACUUGUGUUCAGUCCAGACUUGCAAGUCAAAGUUCAUCGGCAACUUGUUAGCCUGUUUACCAAGGGCGCGGAAAGCUCAAGGAGGUCAACUAAUGCUCCAGCCAGCAAUUGUUGGUGUUAGGAAUAGAGGUGUUUGCAUUUUACCCUGGGUAUUUUAAAGGAACAAAUUGAAUUGAUACGAAACGGCAGUCUUUCUAUGUAUUUCUUGCAAAGACGCAUUUUAAGAUUUAUUUACUGAGCUUUUGCUUUAGAGAAAACUAUUUUGUCCGCCAGUGUAUCAAAGAUUUUAUUUAAUGCUGAUUUUUUUGUGAUAUUUUGCCUGUGUAUGCAUCUUUAAUACUAACCUGAGUAUUCCCAAGGGUAGGAAAAAGAGUUACAUCUUCUCAAUCAGUCUUCAUGUACUACUUAGUAUUCUAUUAAUGAUAUGCAAUUUUAUUAUAUUAUGCCAAUUUAAACAGUAUUUUAACUGGUAACCCAGUGCAUUUUAAUAGGUUCCGAAUAAUUUCAUACCAACAUUCCUCUCUAUGUCACAUCUAAAUGGCUUUUGAUUACUAAAUUGGAUUGUAACAAAAUGUUGCAUUUUUGGUAUUUUCUUGGAAUUUAUGUUUUUAUUUUGUAUUCCCACAGUGUAAAUUUUGGCGUUUCCAUGUAACUGACAUAUUGGCUCUUACAAAAUUAGAGAAAAUGGAAGUUGAUGACUAGAGAAUAAAUUAAUCUGGUUAAAAUUGUAUUUAACCUAUAUUGUCGAAUGAGAUCAGUUUUAUUUGAGUCUGCCCUCUGGGGUGAAAGGUACAUUAUAUUAUUAUCAAAUGA